GCACCGCCCAGGCUCGGAUUGGUAGGAGGUGAGACCCGCCCCUCUGCCCACGUGGGCCUUCGGGAUUGCGGAGGAGCAGUGUCGGGCCAUGGCCGGGACCCGCAGGCUGGAGCUGGCCGAGGCCCUGCAGCUGGGACCUGGCUGGCGUCAUGCGUGCCACGCUCUACUCUACGCGCCGGACCCUGGGAUGCUCUUCGGCCGCAUCCCGCUGCGCUACGCCGUACUGAUGCAGAUGCGCUUCGAUGGACGCCUGGGCUUCCCCGGAGGAUUCGUGGACAAGCAGGACAACAGCCUAGAGGAAGGGCUGAACCGCGAGCUGCGCGAGGAGCUGGGCGAGGCUGCGGCCGCCUUCCGCGUAGAGCGCACUGACUACCGCAGCUCCCACGCCGGGUCAGGGCCGCGCGUUGUGGCCCACUUCUACGCCAAGUGUCUGACGCUCGAGCAGCUGUUGGCUGUGGAGGCCGGCGCUACACGCGCCAAGGACCACGGGCUGGAGGUGGGGCCAGCCUGGGACUCUGUCCCUUUCCCAAAUUCCUCUUCUCCCAAAGCUUUCCCUCCCCCAAGAAAGAAUCCCUGCAGGAAAGUCUUUACCGUUCUGACCUUGCCCUCUUCCCAAUUUUCUUGGUGGAGUUUGGAUCGUGGUCAUCUCUACUUUGAGUUAAUACUGCCAACCUGGGCUUUUUGUAAAGGUCUUUCCCCACCCAUUACCAGGAGAGAUCCAGGAUCUCUGGAGACAUCUUUUCUAGAACACACUCAUCCACGUCUCUCUGCUGUUCCCUAUUGACAGUGUGAUAGAUUAUCACAUUAUCUAGGCAUGGCACCCUAGGUUUUAUUUCUGGGUUUGCUUUUCUUGUGUAGGAGAUGUGACCCUGAUAUUUCAGGCAAGGCUAGUAGACUGUGUAUGAGGUGGUUCUCAAAAUUUGGCAGGUAGCAGAAUCAUCUGGGUGGCUUAUUAAAACAGUUAUUUCUCCCAGCAUUCCUGCAUUGGUGACGGGGGAUGGGGAGAAGAAACCCGAGAAUUUGGAGUUUUCAAAAGUUCUCAGAUAAUGCUGAUGUAAGUAAUCUGAGGACCACAUUGUGACAACCACUGGUUAAAGGGUAUGAAUGCAUCUUUGAGGCAGGAACCACUAGACGUUUAGAAGCAGAUGUGGAAAAUAUUAAUUGAUAGAGCUAGAUAAUAGGUUUUGGGUCAUUUUCCUGCAGAAGGUUGGGCCACUAGGCUUUAGUGAGGUAUGAGCCUUGGGCCUGGUUCUGCUGGAGCGUUAAGGGGUGAGACCUCUCAUCUAGAAAUAUCUGCUGGAGAGAGGAUGGAGUUAAGGGAAUGAGGCACCUGGGGCCCCAGUAUCUCCUGUCUCCUUC